AUGGGUGCCAUCAAUAAUUCCACUGUUACUGAAUUUGUUUUGCUGGGACUCUCGAAUUCCUGGGAAGUACAGAUGUUUUUAUUCAUAGUGUUCUCAUUGUUUUAUGUGGCAACAGUCAUAGGCAAUAGCCUCAUAGUCAUCACAGUUAUAGCUGAUUCUCACUUACACUCUCCUAUGUAUUUCCUGCUCACCAACCUUUCUAUUAUUGAUAUGUCUCUUGCUUCCUUUGCCACCCCAAAGAUGAUUAUAGACUACCUCACUGGACACAGAGCCAUCUCCUUUGAUGGAUGUAUUACCCAGAUAUUUUUUCUACACCUUUUUACUGGUACUGAGAUAAUAUUACUUAUGGCUAUGUCCUUUGAUAGGUAUUUAGCAAUCUGUAAGCCCCUCCGUUAUGCUUCCAUCAUGAGUCCUCGUGUGUGUCUGGCACUCGUAGUGACUUCCUGGGUUGUGGGCAUCAUGCAUUCAAUGAGUCAGGUCAUAUUUGCUCUCACAUUACCAUUCUGUGGUCCCAAUGAGGUAGACAGCUUUUUCUGUGACCUUCCCGUGGUGUUUCAGCUAGCUUGUAUAAAUACUUAUGUCCUGGGCCUCUUCAUGAUCUCAACAAGUGGAAUUAUUGCGUUCUCCUGCUUUCUUCUUCUGUUUAAUUCCUAUGUUAUUGUCCUGAUUACUAUCAAGCAUCAUUCUUCAGGAGGAUCAUCUAAGGCCCUGUCCACCUGCACUGCUCACUUCAUUGUUGUAUUUAUGUUCUUUGGGCCUUGCAUUUUCAUUUAUAUGUGGCCACUAAGCAAUUUUCUGGUAGACAAGACCCUAUCUGUGUUUUAUACCAUUUUUACCCCCAUUCUGAAUCCAGUCAUCUAUACCCUGAGGAAUCAAGAUGUGAAAACAGCCAUAAGAAGACUGAAAAAUAGGCUUCUAAAUCCCAAUAAAGCAACACCUUUACAUUACUUUUAG